AAGGACAAAUGAAAGCCAGUACUGAGGGUGGCCCACUGGUGGGCCUCUGCUCUGGGUAGGUGAAAGCGGGGACAGGGCCUGAAGGGGACCCUUGCCCGGUUUCUAUGGGUAGUGAUGCCAGCCACCGAUUUCUGGGCCCUGAGUCCCACGUCAGUCUGGGAGGGAAAGUGACAAAAGGGGAUGCCAGCUGCCUCGCCUCCCCCCCCCCCCAACAGCUGGGCUCAGAGCCCAGGCACCUCUAUUGAGGCCUUUUCUUGUUUCCUUAUCUGGAAAAGGGGGGACUGCCUUCCCAUCCCAGCCUGAAACUAAGGUCCAUGUGAUACCACAGCCCCUGUCUGGGCACUGUAGGGGGGAAGUGGACCGGGAGGGAGCCCAAAAGCUCUGCCCAAGGCCCCAUUAUUGGCAGGAAUACCCACAGGACUCCCGUCACCCCAGCAGGUCACAGGCCAGAUGCACAUUGGAGGCUCUCACCAUCCUGAGUGUCACUCUGUAGGCUGUGUCUGGGAAGCGGUGACCCUAUGCGAUUGUGUGCGGGAUGACCCUGACUGGGGGGGGUCUCCUUAGGACCCCCUCACGUCACCCGGGGCCCCAGCCUCUCCGCAACCUCCUCUCCAUCGCCCAGGCUUGGCCUCGGGAAGUACACUGCCUCGGUGGGCUGGGGUGGGCCCCGGAGGAAGGAGCCGCUUGACUCGGAGUUAACAGGAAGAAGUUGAGCAGGCGGGGCAGGGGCGAGAACCACCAACUGCGCGCCUGCCUGGGUGGGGUUUGGGGUCAGGAGAGGAUGUGACUGUAAAGCCAGGAAGCUGCAGGGAAAGUUCUGAUUAAAACACACACACAAACAAAAGGCAGGUCCUCAGUGUGCUUGGCGAUGUGCUCUGGGGCUGCGGUGCUGCGGGCCGGACCUGGGGCCCAGCUGAGCACACAGUUUGCUCCCAAGCAAGCAUCAAUGACCUCGACGACCGCCAUCCCCCCCCAGGAGGAGAGAGCCGGAACCAGCAGCCUCUGACCCCUCCUGGUGUCCUGACUGACCGGCCACAGAGACAGAGAGCCCCGGAGGACCAGUCUGCUCAGCUAAGGAGCCCUGAGGAGCCGGGGGGGUGGCACCAGUGCCCAGCCUGCCCCGAGAAGGCCCCGGCCAGACCAUGGCAGGUGUCUGUGACACGGCCCCCAACUUCCUCUCCCCGUCUGGAAACCAGGCCCUGGAGCCUGCCCUGGGCAGUGCGGUCUCCCUGAACUGCACGGCCUGGGUGGUCUCUGGGCCCCACUGUCCCCUGCCCUCAGUCCAGUGGCUGAAAGAUGGGCUGCCGCUGGGCAAUGGAAGCCACUGUGGCCUCCAUGAAGACUCCCGGAUCAAGGCCAACUCAUCAGAGGUGCUUGUGUCCAGUGUUCUGGGGGUCAACCUGACCAGUGCUGAGGACUAUGGGGUCUUCACCUGCUCCAUCCGGAAUGUCAGCUCCUCCUCCUUCACUCUUUGGAGAGCUGGCCCAGCUGGCCACCUGGCGGCAGUGCUGGCCUCACUCCUGGUCCUGCUGGCCCUGCUCCUGGCGGCCCUGCUCUAUGUGAAGUGUCGACUGAAUGUGCUGCUCUGGUACCAAGACGCCUACGGGGAGCUGGAGAUGAACGACGGGAAACUCUACGACGCCUACGUCUCCUACAGCGACAGCCCCGAGGACCGGAAGUUCGUGAACUUCAUCCUGAAGCCACAGCUAGAGCGGCGUCGGGGCUACAAGCUCUUCCUGGAUGACCGCGACCUCCUGCCACGCGCGGAGCCCUCCGCCGAUCUCCUGGUGAACCUGAGCCGCUGUCGACGCCUCAUCGUGGUGCUGUCGGAAGCAUUCCUGGGCCGGGCCUGGUGCAGCCACAGCUUCCGGGAGGGCUUGUGCCGGCUACUGGAGCUCACGCGCAGGCCCAUAUUCAUCACCUUCGAGGGCCAGAGGCGCGACCCCGUGCACCCCGCGCUCCGCCUGCUGCGCCAGCACCGCCACCUGGUGACCCUGCUGCUCUGGAGGCCCGGCUCCGUGGCGCCUUCUUCAGAGUUUUGGAAGGAGCUGCAGCUGGCCCUGCCACGGAAGGUGCGGCACAGAGCCAUGGAGGGAGACCCCCAGACCCGGCUGCAGGGUGACAAGGACCCCAUGCUGAUCGUGCAAGGCCACCUGCCCGAGGGUCGCACCCUGCACCUGGAGCUGGACCCCGACCCUGAGGGGGACCUGGGUAUGCCCCCCUGGUCCCACCCCGACCCUGAGAAGCUUGGCCUGGGGCGGAGGGGGUGCACGGGGCUGAGGAGCCCAGAAAGGGGUCCAGGUGGCGGGGACUUCCUCCCUGCAGCCCAUCGGUGGGCUUGACCCCCAGCACACCCUCACUGCCUCUUUCCCGGAGGCACGCGGACCCAAGGCCUGCCUGGGAAUCUCCAGGACCUCCGAUGCCACUAUGCAGGAGGGUGAGCAGGGAGUGACCCUCAUUCAUGGGUCCUAGCAGAAGUCAGGCUGUGGACAGCCCAGCCUCAGGCCUGGUGGUACCCUCUUCCCAGGUGUCCGAGGGCCUAUCUUUGGGGAGCCAUUAGCUCCACCCCAUGCAAGUGGGGUCGCCCUUGGAGAGGGCCGGGGCAGCGAGGUGGAUGUC